GUGAAACAGCAGAGUCAUCUUGGCUGUUGUUUAUGCAGUCAGUCACAAAACCCAGGACUGCACCAGGAAACCACAUUCUUAUUUACCUUUGCUUCACGUUUGUUGUUGGGUGCAAAAAGCCGAAAAAGAGUUCUGAAUCACUCGUGUGUGAGUGCAUGAAAAUGGCUGAGGCUUUUAUUCCAGUAGCUCAGGAUCAGUUCACCUGUCUAGUGUGUCUGGAUCUCCUGAAGGAUCCGGUGACUAUCCACUGCCACAGUUACUGUCAGGUGUGUAUUAAUGGCUGCUGGGAUCAAGAGGACAAAAAGGGUGUCUACAGCUGUCCUCAGUGCAGAGACACUUUCAGUCCGAGGCCUGUUCUGCGCAGAAACAACAUGCUGGCUGAAGUGGUUGAGGAACUGAAGAAGACUGAUCCCCGAGCUGCUUCUCCUGCUCGCCGUUACGCCGGACCCGGAGAUGUGGAGUGUGAUUUUUGCACUGGGAGAAAACACAAAGCCGUCAAGUCCUGUCUGGUGUGUCUGACGUCCUUUUGUAAAAUUCAUCUGGAACCUCAUCUUGAACUUCCUGCUUUGAAGAAGCACAUUUUAAUCGAAGCCUCCUCGAAACUCCAAGAAAAGAUCUGCACUCAGCAUGACAAAGUGUUUGAGAUCUACUGCCAUACUGACCAAAGGUGCAUUUGUUCUUUGUGCAUGUUGGAGGAUCACAAACAGCACGAUGUUGCAUCACUUUCAACAGCGAGAGCCGAGAAACAGAGUAAAUUGAAGGAGGAGAAGCUGAAAUUCCUGCAGAGAAUCCAGGAGAAGAAGAAGAAGGUCCAUGAGCUAAAAGAGGUUGUGAACAUAACUAAGACCCGUGCUCAGACAGCAUUGGAGGAAAAUGAGAUUAUGUUUACUGAGAUGAUCAGCUUCAUGGAGCACAAGCGAUCUGAGAUAAAUAAGCUGAUCAAAGCUCGGGAGAAGGUUCAACUAAUUCAAGCUGAACAACUCCUGGAUCAACUGGAGCAGGAGAUCACUGAUAUUCAGAGGACAGUCACUGAAAUCCAGCAGCUUUCACACACAAAUGAUCACAUCGAGUUCCUCCAGAAAUUCCAGUCUCUGAGUAUCUCUUCUGAGAGUGAGGAUUCACCCAGCAUCCCUGUUCAUCAACAGCUCUCAUUCGCAGGCGUGAGAAAUUCUCUCUCAGACCUAAAAAAGCAACUGGAGGAGUUCUGUGAGGAACCAGUGGUAUUCUACAAAAUCCCUCCACACGUUGCAGCAGUUCAGAAGAUUUCAGCCUCAGAGCCAACAAGCAGAAAAGGUUUUCUCAAAUAUUUACGUUAUUUUACUCUGGAUCCCAAAACGGUGCAUCACAAACUCCAUCUCUCUGAGAAGAACAGAUCAGUCACCAGCAGUCUGUUGAACUGGCCAGACUCGGAUAAUCCGGAGAGAUUUGACUCCUGUUUGCAGGUGCUGUGUAAGGAGAGUGUGUGUGGACGCUGUUACUGGGAGCUGGAGUAUUGCGGUGACGUCUACGUCUCAGUCUCUUACAAAGAGAUCAGUAGGAAAGGACCUGGUAAAGAGUGCGAGUUUGGACGCAACAGUCAGUCCUGGAGUCUGUGGUCUACUUCGUCUCUCUCGUUCUUCCACGACGACAUUAAAACCGAGCUCGGAGUUCCAUCGCCGUCCAGGAUAGGAGUGUAUGUGGAUCACAGCGCAGGAAGUCUGUCCUUUUACGCCGUCUCUGACACCAUAAGGCUCAUCCACAGAGUCCACACUACAUUCACUCAGCCUCUUUAUGCUGGGUUUGGGGUCUAUGGAGGAACUGUGAGGUUGUGUGACCCGAAAUAACCAAACAUUUUUGCUCUUAUUGUUCCUUAAUCGUAGUAGAACGUUGCUUAAAACACUAGCGACCUUUCCCAAUUCCGAGUCUAUCGUCUCAAAUCACAGAUGUUUAUUUUUUACAUUUGCAAUUGCAUUGAGGCCGCUUUUAUAAAUCAAAGUGGAGGGACCCAUCUCGCUUAUUUUAUUUUUUCACACUGAAAUGCUGCAACAUUCUCUUGUUUGUUAUAUGAGUAAUAGCAACAGACCACAAGGUGGCAGUAAAGCAUUAAAAAAAUUUAUAUCUUUAUUCUUAAUACAGUGGAACCCUGGUGUACGAGAUUAAUUCGUUCCUGAAAACCUGAAUUCCUAAGAACUCAUGUAAAAGCAAAUCAGUUCCCAGACCUCAGAUUUAAGCCUAAUUUAACACACAAAUAUACUUGUAACAAAGAAUAAACAUAAAAGUGAUAAAUGAUAAAGAAAUAAAUAACUUUUUGUUGAACUAGACAUGCCAUAUUGCAGACAAAGGUCUCGUGUGCGUACGCCAUGUUCAUGUUUUUCUACAAUUUCUUUCUGUAUUUCAAUGGUUAUUCUUCUUACAACCUCCUUUCCAGUGCUCUCACUUCUUGGGACCCAUGAUGCUACAUUUAAAGUGAAAUACAACCAAAACAAUAUAAAACAGACAAAAAGCACAAUAUUCGCACAAGAGAACGAAGAGAAUGCACUCAGAACAAUGUCUAUGAAGCGACAGAGCAUGAAUAAUGUAAAACAUCUGGGCAUUUAUAUAUUUGUUUGGUCAAAUUAAAUCUUCAUACCGUUACAUGGAUAGACACAAAAAGAACAUGCACGUGUCUCUUAAAAACCAUAAAACACGAGGUGUCGCCAAACUUUUCACAGGCCCUCUACAUAUUUCCCAUGUGUUCCCAAGGAUUUGUGAUGUCAUUGUGUAAAAAAUUAGUUCUCGUAUUUUGUCUUUUGAGAAAAUCUCAGGUUUCCCUGACAAUUAAAAAAAAACAUUGAUUAUUAUGUUUGUGUUCCUGCACUUCCAUCAGACAUUUCUUUUUGUAUUCAAAUUUUGAUAUGUGUACCACUCCGUAUAAUCAAAGAAAAGUGCAAUAAUUAUAUUCACAAGUAAGUCUUAAUGUCAGUCUCAUUCAUGGUCAGUAGUUCCUUUGCCAUCCUUAUAGGGAGAACGGCUUCCAACACAAUGAGUUUCGGUUCUGGACGAUACAGGCCUGAUUAUUUCAAAAAAUAAAACUGAAAUGGCUUUGCCACCAUUGGAUCAUUGGAAGGAGAAAGUACCAUACCUUCUGGAAAUAAUGGUGGCAGAUGACCUACCUGUUGUCAAAUAAAACAUUUAGGAUGAGGGAACCAUUAAUGAAUAAGAAUAAUUGCUGUGAAAUGAGUAUAAAAAGGCUGCUUGUGCUGUAACUUUGAACACUUUCAUGGAACGGUUUGACUUUGUUUUCUGUGAGAAUAAAUCCUGAAACCUUGACAUCA